ACAGAGAAAGAAAGAGAAAAAGGAUAUGGCGGGAGGUUGUGUGCGUUUGAAGAGCGCAAUUCCAAUUCCAAUGGCGUGCGCAAGAGAAGGCGAGCACCUCACAGUCAAUCUCCCAGACAAGGCCCGCAAUUCGAGGGUUUUGGUCCUCGGCGGAACGGGUCGGGUCGGAGGAUCCACCGCCAUUGCUCUCUCCAAGCUCUGCCCCGACCUCCGCCUCGUUGUCGCUGGUCGCAACAGGGAAAAAGGAGCUGCAAUGGUGGCGACUCUUGGUGGAAACUCGGAGUUUUCUGAAGUUGAUAUUAACAAUGUCAAUUCAUUGGAAGCGGUCCUUAGUGAUGUGGAUCUUGUAGUACACGCGGCAGGGCCAUUCCAGCAGGCAGAGAAGUGCUCUGUACUAGAAGCUGCCAUUAACACCAAGACGGCGUAUCUUGAUGUUUGUGAUGAUACAAACUACGCGUCGCGUGCUAAGUCCUUGAGCGAUAGAGCUGUUGAUGCAAAUAUUCCAGCCAUUACAACUGGUGGAAUUUAUCCUGGAGUGAGCAAUGUAAUGGCAGCGGAGUUGGUUCGUGCGGUGAGAAGUGAAAGCAAAGGGGAGCCAGAAAGGCUAAGAUUCUACUACUACACUGCCGGUACUGGUGGGGCGGGUCCAACAAUAUUAGCCACUAGCUUUUUGCUACUUGGAGAGGAGGUUGUUGCCUAUAAUAAAGGAGAAAAGAUCAAACUAAAGCCAUACAGCGGAAUGCUCAACAUUGACUUUGGUAGAGGCAUCGGAAAGAGAGAUGUUUAUCUGUUGAAUCUGCCUGAGGUUAGAAGUGCUCAUGAGGUCCUUGGAAUACCAACUGUAAGCGCUCGAUUUGGAACUGCACCAUUCUUUUGGAAUUGGGGAAUGAUAGCCAUGACGAGUCUUCUUCCUCCGGAGUCGUUGAGGGACAGAAGCAAAGUCCAGCAGUUGGUUCAGCUGUUCGAUCCUGUAGUCCGAGCAGUUGAUGGGAUUGCUGGAGAACGCGUGUCAAUGAGGGUUGAUUUGGAAUGUUCUAAUGGGCGCAAUAUAGUCGGGAUAUUCAGUCACAAAAGACUUUCUGUAUCAGUAGGAACUGCAACAGCUGCAUUUGCUCUUGCGGUUCUCGAGGGAAGCACGCAGCCUGGGGUUUGGUUCCCAGAGGAGCCUGAAGGAAUUGCUACGGAGGCUAGGGAAGUUCUUCUCAAACGUGCUGCACAAGGAGCAUUCAAUUUUGUAAUGAACAAACCUGCAUGGAUGGUUGAAACGGAUCCAAAGGAGCUUGGAUUAGGAAUAUACGUAUAAAAUUCUCAAAACACACAAGUCAGACUUCAAAUUCCUUAUUCAGCUCAGCUCCUCCACUCUUCAAAGGUGGUGGAAGAUAAGAACUUUGUUGAGAGGCUGUGCCCAAUUUCAAGAAAACGACAACCAAUUAAAAAUUAUCUUCACGUGAGAAAAUAGGUUAUUGGCGAUCUGUUGCUCGAUUGAUAGCCAUCUUGUUGUACGUGGAAGUAUUAACAUGACUUGGCAGAUGGUAAAAAAUUUACAAUAAUAUACUUCCUUGUUUACCAUCUUGCUAUAUUAUAAAUCAAAGAGUUUGAAAAAAU